AGAAACUCAAGUGUGUAGAGGUUUUAUGUCAAUGUUCAUAUCAGACAUGUUUGACUUAUCAGGCCAGUUAAGACAAACAUUCUUAUCACAACUUGGACAAAGUUAUAUGCUGACUGUGUGUGUUUAUCCGUGUGUGUGCAUGUGCGUGUGUGUGUGUACUUGUGUACGUGUGUGAGUUGACGUGUAUCACUCAAUCACUGUCUGUUCUUCUGCUUACCACUACAGUGUGGAACAUGGUGGAGAGUACGCAAUGAAACCUGGGCUUAGAAAAUAUGUCUGUGAUCUCACACUGGACCCAAACACAGUAAACAGUCUCCUCUCUCUGUCUGAGGAGAACAGAAAGGUGACACGUGGGAGAGAGGAUCAGCCAUAUCCUAAUCACCCAGAGAGAUUUGGCUACAGGAAGCAGGUGCUGUGUAGAGAGGGUCUGACUGGGUGCUGUUACUGGGAGGUAGAGUGGAGUGGAAGAAGGGCUGUUAUAGGAGUGACAUAUAAAGGAAUCAGCAGGAGAGGAGAGGGUGAGGACAGUCUGAUUGGAUGGAAUGACAAGUCCUGGAGUCUGGUCUGCUCUGACAACCUUUAUACGGCCUGGCACAAUAAUAAUACCACUCUCAUAGCCGUCCCCCCCUCCAGCUCCCACAGAGUAGGAGUGUAUCUGGACUGGCCAGCCGGCACUCUGUCCUUCUACAGAGUCUCCUCUGACUCACUGACCCACCUGUACACAUAUCACACCACAUUCACUGAGCCCCUCUAUCCAGGGUUUCUGGUUUAUGACUCCUCAGUGUCCCUGUGUCACGAGGUCCCUGUGUGAAACACAACUUGGACCUGCUGACGUCAUCUGAGCGCGACUUCUGUUUGUUGUUGGGAGCUGAAAGCUGAACGAGAGGUUUAUUGUUUUUGUAAAGCUGACCGUGUUUUAUAUUAUUUUAUUUUAUGAUCCUGCAGCACUGUUGGGCUUAGUUGCUGUGAGUGCUGCUGUCUGUCCCGGGAUCCUGCAGCACUGUUGGGCUUAGUUUCUGUGAGUGCUGCUGUCUGUCCCGGGAUCCUGCAGCACUGUUGGGCUUAGUUUCUGUGAGUGCUGCUGUCUGUCCCGGGAUCCUGCAGCACUGUUGGGCUUAGUUGCUGUGAGUGCUGCUGUCUGUCCCGGUAUCCUGCAGCACUGUUGGGCUUAGUUUCUGUGAGUGCUGCUGUCUGUCCCGGGAUCCUGCAGCACUGUUGGGCUUAGUUGCUGUGAGUGCUGCUGUCUGUCCCGGUAUCCUGCAGCACUGUUGGGCUUAGUUGCUGUGAGUGCUGCUGUCUGUCCCGGUAUCCUGCAGCACUGUUGGGCUUAGUUGCUGUGAGUGCUGCUGUCUGUCCCGGUAUCCUGCAGCACUGUUGGGCUUAGUUGCUGUGAGUGCUGCUGUCUGUCCCGGGGAUUGUAAUGUUUUUAAAAUGGUAUAAACUGCCUUAAUUUUGCUGGACCCCAGGAAGUAGAGAUGCUGCCUUGGCAGCUGAUGGGGAUCCACAAUAAAUACAAACACAGAAUAAAAAAACAACAUGGUGGUUCAGUAUGACAUCAUGGUUCAGUAUGACAUCAUGGUUCAGUACGACAUCAUGGUUCAGUAUGACAUCAUGGUUCAGUAUGACAUCAUGGUUCAGUAUGACAUCAUGGUUCAGUACGACAUCGUGGUUCAGUACGACAUCGUGAUUCAGUAUGACAUCAUGGUUCAGUACGACAUCACGGUUCAGUACGACAUCACGGUUCAGUACGACAUCAUGGUUCAGUAUGACAUCAUGGUUCAGUACGACAUCAUGGUUCAGUACGACAUCAUGGUUCAGUACGACAUCAUUGUUCAGUAUGACAUCAUGGUUCAGUAUGACAUCAUGGUUCAGUACGACAUCAUGGUUCAGUACGACAUCACGGUUCAGUAUGACAUCAUGGUUCAGUAUGACAUCAUGGUUCAGUACGACAUCAUGGUUCAGUACGACAUCAUGGUUCAGUAUGACAUCAUGGUUCAGUAUGACAUCAUGGUUCAGUAUGACAGUCUUAGAACAUCUCUCUAGUGUGUAAACAUGAUUGUAAAUAUUCAUGAAUAAACACCAUUGACGUUGACAGACAUUGACAUCAACUAGAGUCUAAUAGAAUUAAUCACAUAAUUAGUAAGUCAUUAAUAGAAUGAAUCACCACACUGUUUUGAAAAACUGUUUUAAUAUAGAAAUCAUUGAUCUUGUUGUUAUUGGGCUUCUUGGUGUUUGUACAUAUUGUUGUCUGUAGAAUGUUGAUUUGUCAAAUUCUUUACACAACAAUCAUGUUUCUAUUUAAACUCAAUUCCACUGAAUGAAAUGUACAUGUGACAGAUGUGACUAAUAAAGAUAAUCAACCAGA